AAGUACUGUUUCAACUCAGAACUUUACUUGUCGUUGAUUGGUCAUUGAGGAGGAAGUAACUGGAUGUAACAGCGUUAGCUUGAGUUGCUAAGACCGGGGGGAAAGCGGCUCAAAGUUUGUGUAAAAAUAGGUAUGUAGUUGAAGUCUCAGACACUCUGCUGGACAGAUAUCACUGCUGGAGAACAGAAAAACAGAAAAUCCAGAUCAAAUGACCUCUAGAGCGUGUGAAGGUUGAAGGCAAGCAUUGUGAAAAGGAGAAUCCCAAGUGGAGCGAGGAUGACUGAGACGAUGAAGGUUGAAGCAGAUGAACCUGGGGGGCUCAGCUUGGAGCCUCCUCUGCCUGCAGCAUCCACAUCAGAACCGGAGGAGGAAACACAAGACAGCAAAGAUCUCAUGUUUCCACUCCAUCAGAUGUUGGUGGUCAAAGCAGAAGUUCCCCAUGACUGGAACUCCAGUUUGGACCAGCAGGACCCAGAGCCCCCCCACAUAAAGGAGGAAGCGGAGGAACAAUGCAUCAGUCAUAAGGAAAUGCAUCUUACUGUGAAGAGGGAAGAUGAAGAGAAAACUGAGUUAUCAGAGCGUCAUCACAUCAAGACUGAAGACAGGAGGUCAGCUGAACAGCUGGAAACACAACCAGAACCAGAUAGGAACCCAGAUCUAGUACGUCCCAAUCAGAAAAGUAAGCUAAUGGUUCAUAGAAGAGGUAAAAGACAUAAACUAUGUUCCAAACUUUCACCUAAGGGCCACACGAGAGAGAAAUCAUUCGGUUGUGAUGUUUGUGGCAAACGAUUUAAACGUGAGACUAAUUUUAAAUUACACAUGGUGAUUCAUAAUGAGAAAAUAGAACACAUCUGCAAUAUUUGUAGUAAAGGAUUUAAAGUAAAGCGUUCUCUUGAGACUCAUAUGAGACGACACACUGGAGAGAAGCCAUUUGCAUGUGAUGUUUGUGGUAGAAGGUUCCAUGCAAAGAGUAAUCUCACAAGUCACCUGAAGGUCCACUCAGAAGAAAAACCCUUUUCUUGUGAUGUUUGUGGUACAAGGUUUAUGAGAAACGAAAAUCUCAAGAGGCACAUGUGGAUCCACACGACAGAGAAACCAUUUGUUUGUAGUGUUUGCAGUAAAGGAUUCUCAUUGCAGCAGAGGCUUGAAACUCAUAUGCGCGCUCACAAGGGAGAGAAACUGUUCAUGUGUAGUGUUUGUAGUAAAGGAUUUUCCCGACAUGAGAAUCUAAAAAGACACAUGCGCAUACAUACAGGCGAGAGGCCGUUUAUCUGCAGUUUUUGCGGUAAAGGAUUUUCACUACAAGAGACACUGAAGAGUCACAUGCGUGUUCACACGGGGGAGAAACCGUUCAUUUGCAGUAUUUGCAGUCAAGGAUUUUCUCUCCAGCAGAAUCUAAAGAGUCACAUGUACGUCCACACAGGAGAGAAACCGUUUACUUGUAGUGUUUGUAGUAAAGGAUUUUCUCGGCAGGUGUAUCUAAAAAGUCAUUCAAAGGUCCAUACAGCACCGUUUAGCUGUAGUGACUGUAGUAAAUGUUUUAUGAAUGAAAUACAGCUACAGCGGCAUGUGAGGUUCCACUCAGAGGAGAGACCGUUCAGCUGUGAUGUCUGUAAAAGCAGGUUUAAUCAAAAGAUUCAUCUUGAAAGUCAUAUGAGAGUCCAUUCAGGAGAAAAACCAUUUGUUUGCAGUGUUUGCAGUAAAGCGUUUUCCCGACCUGGAGAUCUGAACAGACACAUGGGUGUUCAUAAGGGCUGUAGCUUAUGAUUGAGAAAUCUGUCCAAAUCUCCUUUUAGACAGUCAACUGUUAUUUUGAUCCAUGCUCUCUGGAGGUUUAUCCUCUGACAUCGACAGUGUUUGAUGAAACCUUUUGAAAGUGUUUCACUUCUUUGAUCAGCUGUAAGUUAAAAUAAGGAAAACA